CACGUGCGCACGCAUACCGGUGCCGGCGUGAGGCCCUACUCGUGCGAUGCAUGCAAUAAGUCCUUUACUACAAGUCAGGCGCUGAAAGUUCACCAGAGGCUACAUACCGGCGCUCAACCCUAUAAAUGCCCGCAAUGUGAGCGGACAUUCCGUACGUUGAGUUCAAUGAGAGCUCAUUCCGGUAGCCAUAAACGACAGGCGCAGACAUCCGGAACGCCUACUGUGUCGAGUGGAAGGCGGGCGCCCAAAGGGAACAGUAUUUUGCGGACAAAACGCCGGAAAUGUUUGAACGAAUCACUGCUACAGAGGAUCCAAUUGGAGGGACCGGUGCGGGUCACUGAUAGCACUGAUAGUACAAACACUGGCGUUAAUCCCGGAGCCAAUGGCGUCGAUGAACAGCAGCAGAACCAAUGGUCGGACGAUCCGAAACGGAAGUUCCGGUGCGAGUACUGCGCGAAAGCCUUUAAGAAGUCGUCCCAUUUGUCACAACACACCCGUUCCCAUACCGGGGAGAAGCCAUACCAGUGUCACCUCUGC